CCAUACAUAGAUAGACAAUGUCUGGAAGCUUCUACUUUGUAAUUGUCGGCCACCAUGAUAAUCCGGUGUUUGAAAUGGAAUUUCUGCCAGCUGGGAAGACAGAAUCCAAAGAUGAGCAUCGUCAUCUGAACCAGUUCAUAGCUCAUGCUGCUCUGGACCUCGUUGACGAAAACAUGUGGCUCUCCAACAAUAUGUACUUAAAAACUGUGGACAAGUUCAAUGAGUGGUUUGUCUCGGCCUUCGUCACUGCUGGCCACAUGAGGCUCCUCAUGCUUCACGAUGUGAGGCAAGAAGAUGGAAUCAAGAACUUCUUCACUGACGUCUACGAUCUAUACAUCAAGUUCGCCAUGAAUCCCUUUUAUGAACCCAAUUCUCCUAUUCGGUCAACUGCAUUUGAAAGAAAAGUUCAGUUUCUUGGGAAGAAACAUCUUUUAAGCUAAAUGCAGAAACCUUGAGAAUCAGAGUGGGGUAUGCUCAGAAGUGUAUGUGUUGUACUCCUCGGUAAAAUAGCUUGGCAAGCUCUACAUGUCUCAGCUUACCUGUAUAGCAUGAAAUUUCUCUUCUGUUUAAAAACCUCAUCUUUUCAUGUUAUCACAAUUAGUAUUUACCUGGGAACAAUUGUCACUAAUAUUUUAUUUCAAAAAUUAAUAAGCCUAUAACUUUUCUGAUUGAGAUAAUUAAAAAAAAAUCUUACAUUCCUUUUAA